AUGUUGUUUCACAAAGAUGUUGUUCCGAUCUUUUUCAAAAAGCAGCAACACCCAGUCGUUGUAUGUGCAAGUAGACGGACGCUGCUUCCUGGUAGUGGUGUGUACAGUGGUAGGUUAUGUUUCGGGGAUUCACUCGCUGACACUGGGAAUCUGCUUCACAGUUAUCCACCUGGUAAACAUAUUCCAUCUGGGCGAUGGCCUUAUGGGGAAACUUUCUUCCAUCACCCCACUGGGCGGUUUUCCGACGGUCGACUCAUUAUCGAUUUCAUUGCUCAGAGUUUGGGACUGCCAUUUUUGGAACCAUUUAUCGGCCGGGAAAAAAAUGAAAAUACGAGUAGCAGAGAUUUUCGUAAAGGUGUGAAUUUUGCAGUUGCCGGAGCUACUGCACUUGACGUAUCUUUUCUUGAGAAAUAUGGGAUCUUUAAUCAUCUGAUUAAUGUCUCUCUGAGUACUCAGUUGGACUGGUUCAAAGAAUAUUUUGCCAGGCAAAUCCAGGAGUUGAUUAAGCUUGAAGCCAGGACAGUGAUGUCACCUGGGAACCUGCCAAUCGGUUGUCUGCCUUAUUAUCUUUCAUAUUACGAGAACUCGAAUGAGAAGGAAUACGACCCGAAAACUGGUUGCCUUAACUGGUUAAACAGGUUUUCCGAAUACCAUAACGAGCUGCUUCAGAAGGAACUGAAUCGCCUACGUGGUCUUUAUCCUCAUGCCACCAUUAUAUAUGGAGAUUAUUACAAUGCUGCAAUGUGCCUUUUAUCUUUCUCCAAACAAAGAUUUACAAGCGUUGUUAGAGCAUGCUGUGGAGCAGGAGGUCCAGAUAACUAUAAUGCAUCGACUUGGAGCAGCUAUACACCAGCAACCAAUUGUGAUGAUCCUUCUAAAUAUGUUAGUUGGGACGGUAUACACUUCACAGAGGCAGCCUAUCGUUGGAUAGCCCAGGGUCUAUUAGAAGGACCAUACACCAAUCCUCACAUUCGAACAGUGUGUACUGAGAUAACCAGAACUUACGGACUUUCUGAGUAUUAG